CAUUUCCUUUAGAAAUUAACAGUUUUCUAAAUUGUUGAUUUGUGAUGCGUUUUCAAAGAAAAAGACAUUUAAAACAGCCUCAAUUAUGGCCAAUGACGAUGCGGCCCAUGGAGACUCGGGCUAUGCACCAGUUGCUCACCUUGUCGCAAUGGGGCAUGUUGAUCACAUGGACUUCAUCAAUGAUGACGAACCCUUGGAUACUUUUUUCCACCGUGUGGAUUCCGAUCAAAUCGUUUAUCAAACUCGUAGGCGAAGAGCUAAGCUGAUUAGCAAAUAUUUAAUGGGUGAUCUUUUGGGAGAAGGGUCAUAUGGAAAAGUCAAAGAAAUGUUGGAUACAGAAUUAUUAUGUAGAAGAGCUGUCAAAAUUUUAAAACGAAAGAAAUUGAGAAAAAUUCCCAAUGGGGAGCAAAAUGUCCAGAGAGAAAUCCAGCUGUUGAAAACAUUGCGUCACAAGAAUAUUAUCCAUCUCGUAGAUGUACUUCACAAUGAAGAAAAACAGAAAAUGUAUCUUAUUAUGGAGUACUGUGUUAGUGAAUUGCAGGAAAUUCUUGAGAGUGUCCCAGAGAAAAAAUUCCCUGUUUGGCAGGCACAUGGGUAUUUUUGUCAACUGAUUGAUGGGUUAGAAUAUUUACAUAGUAAAGGCAUUAUCCACAAAGAUAUUAAACCUGGAAAUCUGCUGCUGACUACUGAGGAAAUACUGAAGAUCACAGAUCUCGGGGUGGCUGAGAAACUUGAUAUGUUCUCGCAAGAGGACACAUCUCGUACAAGCCAAGGUUCCCCAGCAUUCCAACCACCUGAAAUAGCCAAUGGAGACGAUUCUUUUUCUGGCUUCAAGAUCGAUGUAUGGUCAUCAGGCAUUACACUAUACAAUAUCACAACUGGCUUGUACCCUUUUGAAGGAGAUAAUAUAUAUAAACUUUUUGAAAAUAUUGGUAAAGGAGUGUUCACUAUACCAGAUUUCUUAGAAGAUAUGUUACAAGAAUUGAUACGAGGUAUGUUGGCUUACAAGGCCUGCGAUAGAAUAUCAGUUCAACAAGUGAAACAUCAUCCGUGGUUUCGUAAAAAGCACCCUGAGAUGUCCGACAAGGUGCUGUUCCCACCGCAUGGCGACGGGGACGUGUUGCGGGGGAUGACGGUGGUGCCGUACCUGGAGGAUCUGCACAGCGACACACUGGAGGAGGAGGAGGAGGACGUGUACGAGGAUGAACAGAUCAUCAUGGAGUACAACAAUCACGCCACUCCGAUACCCGACGGUAAUGCUGUCGGAGGUGACACUAGUGUAAAAAACAAUACACAAGAGCAUAAAAACAAUUCUGCCAAGGACCUAAAGCACAAAAAAGGAAAAGGAAAAGGAAAGGGAAAGAGUACUAAACUUUUCAGUUCCUGUAAACAGUCUUAACACCAGGCUAUCUCAGUGGGGACAUCUUGAUUUCCGAAAGCUAUAGUGGACAAGAUUUGUAUGGAUAUCGAUGAACGAGCAACAUCUCUGCAUGGACUAACAGACCUGCAGUCAUUUCCAACACAAUAAUCAAGAAUACACAAACGCACACUGUCACUUAUUUUUGCACACCUCUAGAAAUAUCUGUGUUAUUUACGUACACCGAGAGAUGUCAUAAAGACCAUGUAAAGCUUUUUUUUUUCAUUUUAUAUAGAUCGAACAGUGGUGACAAUGUAAAACUGUGAUACACGUGCUCUCAUAUUGUUAAACUGGUAGCCUGAUCGCUAUGACCAAGGUAUAUCAAUUAUAAUGAUAUGCUCAUAUCCCCAUGGGAUAGAUCUAUGUGUAAACUGACGUCAGUGAAAGGCCGUUGUUAUUGAAUAGCCAGUGUGAUAUUUUGGUGUCAUAUGUCCAUUGAUCACUAUCAUUGUUUGUUUUUUUAAAUGUUAAAAGGUGGAGUGAGUUAGUUGACCAAUUUUUAAAAACUUUUAACAGUCAUUAGUAAUUAAUGUUCUUGUAUCAAGAUAUAUAUAUAUAUAUAUAUCUAUAUAUAUAUAUCUACUGUAAUAAUUUAUAUAUAUAAGUACUUAACUUUACUCUAUGAGAGAUGAAUAUUCAGAAUUUUCAGUAACUCCAGAUUUUAGUGCUAUCGUAGCCAAAAAAACUGUCCCUGCCCAUGUUCUUUGAUAUGAAGUUCAAGGUAACCCCGACUAUUUAAGACCCUGCAGUUUUUAUGAUACAGUGAAAUCGGUCUAAAUUGGAUCACACUGGGGAACCAAUAUUUAACCCAUUUAGACAGGAUCCUGUGUGUAGAGGGUCACAUUUUAGAAUUUAAAAAAUUCGGGACCAUAACACUUUGCCGGUUUUGACAGGAUUCCAGUUUGUUCAGGGUCCGGUUUAGACAGGUUUCGCUGUUUAUGGUCCAAAGUAAUUUUGAUCGCUGUUAUACUGAGUUGGGUGGCAGAACAAUAUUAAGGAAAUAACCAAAUUUUUUCAGUUUUUAUAUUCUUGUGGGCUGAAAUUUCCAUAUCAAAAUAGCCAAGAUUAUUUGCACCGUUCCAUAAUCCAUUUUCUUUAAUAUUAUAUGUAACCUGACCUCUCAGCCUCAUUGCAUUUCCCACCCUUUCCAAUGGACUAGUCGGACAUCACAACAACCAGUCUUUGGCUGCAAUCUUCCAUGGUUAUCUUUAUCUCCAGACACAUGGUCAUCCCUUGUCAUAGACAGAACUCUCUGGCGAGGUCAGAGGUUGUGCCCACAUCAGGUGUACUUGAACAGUUCUCUGGUGAAAUCAUGCCAAAAAUUACCCACACCCACACAUGACCAUCACUGAUCACUAACCCACUGUCUGGAACCUACAGCCCAGAUAGCUGAGAUGUGUGUUCAGGACACUGUGCUUGAACCUCAGUUGAAUAUAAGCACAAAAAUAAAUUGAAAUGAAUGAAUGAUUGAACAUCUUUCUUAUUUCUCCUUCACUCUUAUGGUCUGAAUGGGUUUUUUCACAUGCUCUGCUGAUGAUGAACUGAAUGUAGACUAUAGACCAUAGUAAUUUUUAUAAAGAUAAAAACAGCUUGUGAUAAAGCAAAUAAAACGUAGAUCAUAGUAAUUUUCAUAGGAAUUAAAUUGUGAUAAAGCAUAUUUAAAAAAAUGUAGGCAGUAGUAAUUUUCAUAGGAAUUAAAUUGUGAUAAAGCAUAUUUAAAAAAUGUAGGCAAUAGUAAUUUUCAUAGUAAUUAAAUUGUGAUAAAGCAUAUUUAAAAAAUGUUGGCAGUAGUAAUUUUCAUAGUACUUGUGAUAAUGCAUAUUUAAAAAUGUAGACCGUAGACAUUUAAAUACGAAUUACUAGAAUUGUGAUAUGGCAUUAAUGUGUGGUAGAUAGUUUCAUACUGAUCACCGUCAUAUUUCAUGUUGUCUUGUCGGUUGUAUGUUAGAUAUGACCCAGUGUAGUGGUCUGGAAUAACAUGAAGCUGUUUCAUCAUGAUUCAUAGUCAUAUUCUUGUUAU